UUGAACACCCUUAUGCUCCAUCAUCAGUAACAAAAAUACCAAGCACGUAAGCAUACACAACAAUGAAAACCGCAUUGCUAACAUUUGUCCUUCUCUUUGCCUUGACCUUUCAACAACCUCUGCUUGGAGCAGCUGAAGCUUCACCUGAGCAAGUUGUUGACAUCACAGGGAAGAAGGUCCGGGCCGGCACCAGUUACUACAUUCUUCCUGCUUCACCCUUAUAUAGGUGUGGACGUUUUGGAAGGUGUAGAAGUGGUGAAGGCAUUUCACUUGCCAGCACUGAUAAAUCAUGCCCUCUUGAUGCUGUGCUUGUGAGUGGACCUUAUGGAUACCAUGGUCUCCCACUAACCUUCAGACCUGUUGACUCAAAAAAAGGUGUGAUUCGUGUGUCGACAGAUUUGAACAUCAUGUUCCAAUCUGAUCACACGAGUUGUGCUGAGUAUUCACCAGUGUGGAAGCUUGAUGCUAAUUCUAAAGGAAAGUGGUUUGUGACCAGUGGCGGAUCCAUUGGCAACCCUGGUCGGAAAACAAUCCGGAACUGGUUCAAGAUUGAGAAGUUUGAUGAUGCUUAUUAUAAGCUUGUUUACUGUCCCAGUGUAGUGCAAUCUUCCAACCAUCUGUGCAAGGAUAUUGGAUUGUUUGUGGAUGACAAUGGGAAUAGGCGUUUGGCUCUAAGUGAUGUUCCAUUCAAAGUUAAGUUCCAGCAGGCCUAAAGAACAAAUUAAGC